CAUCCACGCUCUGUCUAUCUUGAGUCUUUCUUGGGUAUUGUGAGACAUGCAGAACACCGAUACUGUCGAGAAGGCCGCGCAGGCUCAGCUGCUCGAGGUACCAGUCGCGGUCAGGCCCCCACUCUCCAGGACGGUCACGAGCACCGUGGGCCCCGGGGAGCGGUCGGAGGUACUCCUCCAGGCAAAGAAGAACACAAUCCUCACGUCCCACGGGAGGCCACCAUGGUACGGUGCAGAUGGAAACCAUCUGUCUGAUGCGUUCGUGAUAGGCAUCGCAGGUGGGUCUGCGAGCGGCAAGACGCAUGUAGCGAGAUGUAUCGUCCAAGCCCUUGGAUCCAUCCCUACAGUUGUUAUUUUGUCUCAGGACAGUUUCUAUCGACGCCACUCACCAGAGGACCUCAAACUCGCGUUUGCGAAUCGCUAUGACUUCGACCAUCCAGACGCUAUUGAUAUGCCAUUGUUUGCCUCGUGCCUAGCAGACUUGAAGGCGGGAAAACAAACGAACAUUCCCAUAUAUUCCUUCACAGAGCACCAACGUCUUGACGAGACCAAGUAUCUAUAUGGCGCAUCUAUCAUCAUUGUUGAGGGCAUUCUUGCGUUGCACGACGCAGAGCUAAGGUCGCUAUACGAUUUGAAGGUCUUCGUGCAAUGCGAUUCAGAUCUUAUGCUCGCUCGCCGCAUCAGGCGAGACGUGAAGGAGCGAGGGCGCAGCGUGGACGGCGUUCUGGAACAGUAUUUGCGCUAUGUGAAGCCCGCAUACGAUAACUUCGUACAACCCACGUCUCGCUUCGCCAACAUCAUUGUGCCGGGAUCAGAGAACACCAUUGCAAUCGAGCUUAUUGCUACUCACAUUCGCCGCAAGAUCGAAGAGCGUUCAAGAUAUCUGCGAGAACAGCUAACACGGAUUGGUCACCGAGACUUGAGCCCUGGAGGAGAUCCUACAGCUCUUGACUUUCCCAAUCUGACUGUCUUGCGAGAUACGCCGCAAUUGCGAGGAAUCUUCACGAUUCUGCGUGACAAGUCAACAUCUCGCGAAGACUUCAUCUUCUUCACAGACCGACUAUCGACCUACCUUAGUGAGAAGGCGAUGGAGUUCCUUCCCUUCAAGAACAAACGCAUAACUACGCCUAUCGACUCAACGUACGCCGGGAAGGCGCUUUCUGUGGACCACGUCUGUGGAAUAUCCAUCCUGAGAUCUGGAGGACCGCUCGAACAGGGCCUGCGUCGCGUCAUCCAAGACAUCCGCAUCGGCUCGCUGCUCAUCCAGUCCGAGGUGCACACCGGCGAGCCGCUCCUGCUGCACGCCAUGCUCCCCGUGUGCAUCCGCAAACGCGACCUUGCCCGGAACAGCUUCGUCUUCCUCCUCGACGCGCAGAUCGGCACGGGCGCCGCAGCGUUCAUGGCGAUCCGUGUGCUGCUCGACCACGGUGUCCCACAGGCGAACAUCAUCUUCGUGACGUUCAUCGUUGCCGCGUGCGGCGGCGUGCGGGUGUUGCAACGCGCGUUCCCGGGCGUCCGUAUCGUGUGUGGCGCGAUCGACCCCGUCCUCAGGGAGUCGUGGGCGUUGUGGGAUGUUACGGCGCCCGAGGCGCACGUGAAGGAGACGAAGCAGCAUGAGAAGGAGGAAGAGGAGACGGUGUCGACGGCGCAGACGAAGGCUGACGCAGAGGCAGAAGGCAGGAAGGUGUGGGUGGUCGAGCCAGGGAUGGGUCAUAUCGGCGACCGAUACUACUUGUGAUGAGGGUACGUGAAGGCGUCGUUGCGCAAUCAAGCAUGACUCUGCGCUUGACCACAUGGUCGACUAGCCAAGACGGUGUUGUUGGCGGACCCUGACUCCUCCCGCGCGCUCACAGACUACAGGGCAGAUAGGGCAGACCCUUCAGACGCAACGUGUUCCAGCUUAGCUGCGCCAUUAAUUGCCGGAAGUAUACACGCGCUGGUAUGAUAUCAUGUUGGCUAGCAAGGGGCAAACGCAGCAUUCACUGGGGAGCGGCGCUCAUAUAUACUAGUAUCGUC